UAAGUUAAAUAUUUUAUCAAUUAAUAUUUAAAAAUUUUAAUCAAAAUUUUUAUUAAUUUAAAUUAAUUUUCAAUAGUUAAAUAUGUGGUUAAUAAAAAAGUUAACAAAUAUAAUACAAUUACAAUAUUUGCUAACUAUUGGCACAUUAUUAUUGUUAAUAAAUUUUAGUGGUUUUAUCUCAAACUUGUUUCAAACAAUAAGUUUAUUUGCAUUUUUGUCGAUCAUUUCGUGGUUAAUCACCAAAAAGAUCCGCAAAUAUUACAACAACAAUAAAUUUGUGACUUCAUAUAAAAGAGCUGUUUUGAUAACAGGUUGUGACAGUGGUUUCGGUAAUGCAUUGGCUCAGACACUCAAUGAACAUGGAUUCAGAGUCUAUGCCACAGUAUUGGACACCGAUAGCGACGGCGCCAAGAAAUUAGCGACCAGUGCUCGGUUUGAUGGUAUGACUACAGUGUUAAGGAUGGAUGUGACAAAUGAUGAGGAAGUGAAUGCAGUUUACGAACAAAUUGCAAAAGAGUUGCAACAAAACGGUGAACAACUGUGGGCUGUCGUCAACAAUGCCGGUCUGUUUACUUCGGGACCAUUAGACUGGGGAACUGUAGACAGCUAUAAACGUAUAUUUGAAGUCAACACUUUUGGCACUGUUAGAGUCGCGCGUACUUUCCUGCCAUUGAUUAGACAAUCAAAAGGUCGUAUUGUAAAUCUGGUGUCAAUUUGUGGACGCUUUACGUCACCUAACGUUUCAAUAUAUUCAAUGAGCAAACACGCCGUCACCUCUUUCUCGGACGCAUUGAGACGAGAGACAACCAAAUGGGGAAUCAAAGUAUCGACUAUUGAGCCAACAAUCUAUAAGACACCGAUGGCUACCACUGACUACCAGUUUCAAGAGACUGAAAGACUAUGGUCUGAGACCAGCGAUAGUGUACAACAAGUCUACGGUCGCCAGUAUUGUACAGAGUUUAUGAAAUUGUCGGCAAAUAAACGAUUUCAAAAUAUUUACGGCCAAAAUAUCAACGAUGUUAUCGACAAAUUGGUGGACGCCGUCCGUAAUGUCGAUCCGCAGAUCAGUUACGAAGUCGUACCCAAUUAUCUGUGGUCUGUCUUUCUGUUUGUUGAACAGCUUCUACCGUACGAGUUGUCCGAUUGGAUGAACACUAAUCGUUUAAGUAGUUUAUUAUUUCCCGUUCCCAAUGAACUCAAAAAGCGACACUAAUUAAGUCACUGAUUAUUUUAUUUUUUUAGUUAAAUAUAAUACAAAUUUAAUUAUUACAAUUAAAUUUACAUAACUAUUCAA